AAUGACAGUGAACAGAGAGAAAAAGCAAACGUAGAAUAGUGUUAAUUUAGUUGAAUAACGAAGGUAACAGAACGAUGUACGUAUUACAUUGUUUUCGAUAAAUGUACAUAAGAAAAAAUGAUAAUUUCAUUCGAAAAUUGAUUGAAUAAUGUUAAAAAUUCAGACAAUUUAAUCCAAAUAAAUGCGAAAAACUAGUGAAAUUGUGUUUUAACGAUUGGAAAUAUAAGAGAAUCGAAUAAAAAAAAGUUGUGAUGUGCCGAAUGGUGAACGAAUAAAUUAUUUUUAUCCCAACUGAGUGUGUUGUGCCAAGUGAAUUUUCGAAUUGAAUUUCAGUGAUUAAUUCACGGAUUGCUAUCAUUUGUUUGCUAAAAUUCAGUGAGCUCAUAGAUGAAAAAAAAAUGUCUUUUGAACAAAAGCCAAAUGAAAAUGACCUGGGUCACCAAGAAGAUGCACUGAUACCAACACCCGAUUUGCCACCAAGAUUAACAACAUCAGUCCAAAGAUCACAUCCGACACCGUUGUCACCGCCGCAUGUACCGAAUCGCAAUAUAUUUGCUGUUGUAUUGAAAAAUAAACGUCAAAUAACCUCACUAACAGCCGGUUUAAUUGUGUUGCUGGGAAGUGGAGUGCAUACGGUUUGGGCUUUUUGGGAAAUUUUUGCAUCCUCCAGUUGGUUAGAGUUGGAAGUAAUAACAACUGUUGGAGCAUGGUAUCUUGGUACAAUUUGUGGCAGCAUAAUUGCAGCAGUUUUAAUUCCGACCUGGUCAAAGAAACGCAUUUAUAUUUUUGCCGCAUUGAUUCUUCUGCUGAGCAGCUUACUGUUUACAGCUCGUCUCUUUACUGACCUCCGUAUAAAUUCCGUUUUGUCAUCUGGACGAUUUCUAGCUGGAUUAGCCAAUGGCCUUGCCUACUUGACUGUAAUAACACAUGCCGGUGAGAACAGUGUGAAUCAGAUUCGUGGUGUUAUACUUCGUGGUAUUGGCUACGUUUCGGCAUUUUCACUAUUCAUGGCUGGUUUUACAACAAAUGGCACCAAAGAAAAUGAUAUAGAUUCAGAGUGUAUCAUGGGAUUUUUGAAUUGCUUUUAUUCCAUUUUGGCGCUUGCGGUUGCUCCAUUUUUAACAAUUGAAUCUGCACCAUAUCUACUCAAAUACUCGAGUAAUUGUAGUGUUAGCGAACGAGAUGAACUUGUCAUAGCGACAAUGGUAAAACUUCGCAACGAAAAAGGUGAAACGCCGAAAAUUCGACACGAUUUCAUCGAAAUGAAACAUCAAUUAAACGAAGAUGAGCUUGAUAGCCGCAAUCCAUUUAGCAUCGAUAAUUUGCGACCGCUUUUAAUUGUGUGUGGAGUGCGAGUACUUAGUGUUUGUGCAAAAAAUAUUCCGUUCACCGUGUUAAUUAUGGGACUUUUCAAUCAACAAAUCAAUCCGGACUCAAUAAAUUUGUACCUGCUGUUGUCACUGCUAACCGCACGCUUUAUUUUUGGCAUGUGUACAAUGUUCUUUAUUGAUCAAUUUGAGCGCAAAAAGUAUCUGUAUUUCUUUUCAAUUUUAUGCGGAAUACUUCUAUUUGUUAUGUGUAUAAUGGUGUUGUUUUCCGUUUCUCAGGAUUUCUUCCAUACACCAUUUUCAAUUAAUAUUUUUAUCAUCAUUUUCUUUAUUUUUGCAUCGAUGAGCAUUGAUUGUGUUGGCCACGUACAAACAAGUGAAGCAUUUUCUUUUGCUACAAAAUCGUGGUCGAUUAUCAUUGCCACCGGCAUCGAACACAUUGUGCACAUGGUGUUCAUUACUCUAUUUAAACUACAUUCUGAUACGUCUGCCUUUUUUGCCAUCUCAAUUGGCCUCAUUAUAAUGGGUUGGUCCACAUUGCUUACAGUUCCUCGUAAGACAAAGGGCUUAUCAUUACGACAAACACGCGACAUUUAUCGAAAAGUUAAAUUCAAUUUUCUCUUUGAAAGUGCAUAGUGAACACUUUCGUUUAAUCAUUUCAAAUUCCUUGGCUAAAUUGCUCAUAUCAUCAUAUCAAAUACUUUAAUCACUUAGUUCUAAAUUAAAUAGUUAAUAAGUUCACACGCAAAAGAAACAAAAAAUCGAAACUAUAAUUUUGACAAUUUGAACAACUGAAUUCCUUGGAUUUAAAAAAAAAUCCGUACUUAAAAUAUCGCUGACAAUUUUAUGAAAUGAUUCAUAUUUAAGCAGAAAGAUAGCAUAGUUUUUGGAUCCCGCAAAUAUAAUUUUAAGAUAACUAUCGAAUGAAAUGAAAAUCAAAAUUAUUGCCUAAAAUUGUUUUACAAGACCUAUCCGUUAGUUAAGUUAAUUAAUCUGACAAAUUGAAGUCAAAAUCUAUAAUUUUCUAACCAUAUACAUUUGUUUAUCAUCAUUGACAUCAAACCUUUUAUUUAAAGCGAACCGAAGUUUUUUUUUCAUUCAAUUUAUAAAAUUUAAGAUAGACCGUUCUUGACAGAUUGUAUGUUUAGUACUUUGUUUCAAUCAGAUUUUAUACGAAAUGAAUCACUUGAAUAAAAUUAAAUACUGUUUACCAAAA